AUGGUGAGCCAUUUGCGCUGGCUGCUGUGGUUGCUGAGCACUUGGCCUGGUUUUUCUGCAGAACUCAACUCGACGAAUGUAAGUAGCGGGAGCACCUGCUUUCCAGAUGGAAUCGUCGCAGCAAGGCGCAAGAAUGUGACCAACGGUGCCGAGAGCUAUCCUCUUGGUCUUUACGUGAUGGAUUGGGCAGCGGCGCAUGCGACUUCGGCUGUGGCCCAGAUCCUUCUCGAGGAGAAAUUGGGCUACUCGGUGGUACCAGACAUGGGCAUCAGCACACCAGAUGCCUUCUUUGCUUUGGCAGGGUGCCUGCAGCCCACGAACACCACUGAUCGUGGUUGCGGCAGUGGGCCCACGGGUACCUACUACCAUAUCAGUCUGGAAGGUUGGACGCUAGGAUACAUCGAGAUGUGGAAGGAACUUCAGCAGACCUUUCCUGCUACAGCGCCCAGGCUGGUGGGCCAGAUGGGCUACAUGGGAGAGGUGUCCACCUUCAUUCCAAAGAGCGCGCAGGCGAAGGCCUAUGAGGCCGAAGGUCGAUCGAUGGACUUCUACCGGGACUUCAAUGUCUCCUGGAACAAGCCAUGGCGCUAUUUUGGUUCACCCAGAGACGUGGACAAGACACGACUGAUGCGUUGUGAGCUGACCACCCUGAACAGAGCCUCUCCACAAAUGCGCGUCUACGGAGAGUUGCUAGGAGAUUGGGAUGGACUGGUCAUGGAAGGCUCAGGCGAGUAUCGGGCCAAGUGCAUGGAUGACUACUUCUGGUACUCGCCAGCCUGUCGCGGCAACUCCUCCGAGUGCGUGCUGGUGCUGUCGGGUGGUACAGGUUGGUCUUUGGAAGAGUUUAUGCAGAAGGCCGCAGCUUUCAGCAUGCCUUGGGCGUUGUGUGUUGCCGCGAACUGGUCGGAGUACGCCAGCUUGCCCUUUGAUUAUACCAGCGCCUUCUAUUGGUGGACACCAGAUCCCACCUUCCUCAGGAUUGAUCCUACAAAGAUGUUCUUCCCACCGCAUGAUGGACGAGCCUGGAAUCUGGGAGACCGGAGCAGCGCAAAUCAAGCAGUGGCCAUCGACAAGUUUGUCAGCAAGGACCUGGAGAUUUUGGCGCCCGAUGCGGAAGAUCUCGUGAAAGCCUUUAUGCUGGAUGAGAAGUCGGUCAAUGAGAUGCUGCUUGACAGCAUCGACACGGCAGAUUCUUGGCGCUCCAUCGCCUGCCGCUGGCUACAAGGGAAUCCUGCCCUUUGGGAAUCAUGGAUUCCGGACAAGAGCACCUGCUUCGCGCAGUUCGGUCUCUUCCAUGAGUUGGACAACAAGUUUGUGAAGUCGCGCGAAGAUCCCACGCAUUUGACUUGCAGGGCAUGUCCAUCGGGCUUUUUCUCCCAGGAACUCACCGACGGUGUCGGUGUGACCUUCAUUUGUGAAGAGUGCCCGGUCGGCAGCUCUCAAGCGUCUGGGGCCUCUUUGAGUUGUUUGCCCUGUGCAGCCGGAGAGUACCAGGAUACUAUUGGCAGCUUGUCCUGCAAGCGUUGCCCAUUCGCGGCCUAUCAGGAUAUCUAUGGCAGCAGCGGUUGCAAAGACUGCCCUGCUGGGACCACUACGCUGGGUGUGGGCUCAUCCUCCUUGGCCGACUGCGGAUGCGAGUCCGGCAGUAUCAACAUCGCCAGCGAGGCGAUGGUCUUCAAUUGCUCCACCUGCGGCGAGGGCCUGGACUGUCCGACCUCCUCAAGCAUCGCGAACCUGCAGAGCGCCUCCUCUGCGGCGGGGGAGAACUUUGUGCCGCAGAUUGCGGCGGGCUAUUUUGCCACCAAGGAGGAGCCGAUGAUGAUCUACAAGUGCACUCCAGCGGUGAAAUGCCCGGGUGGAAAGCCAGGAGUCUGCGCCGGAGGCCUUGAGGGAAUCCCCUGUGGCGUGUGUCCUGUGGCGAUGACCUGGAGCGAGACCCGCUGCAAGACCUGUGAUGGUGGCACGAUGACCGCAUGGGGCUGCGCUGGGCUCAUUGGUGCUUUGGGCUUGGCCGUUGCCUACCACGUCGUGAACACCUCCAUGACCGCUCAGGCGUCACCGUUUCAAGCCGCGACGAUGUGUGCGAACAUCUUGGUGAACGUCUUUCAGACGAUCGCGAUCUUGGGCAUGAUGACGGUGGCCUGGCCACAGAUCUUCCAAGCCACCACGGAACGCUUCCAGGUGUUCUUGUUGGACUUCGAACGUUUCAGCCUGAGCUGCUUGGCUGGACCAUCGAACGUGCAACGCUGGACCUUCAGCGCCGUGAUGUUUCCCUGUGCGGCGCUUUGGCUUCUCUUCCUCCAGGCGAGCUCCCAAUGCCUCCCCGACCGAUUCAAGCAAUUACGCCGGAAGUUGCCCAAGACCCUCAACACCAUCGGCGUCUUCCUUGAAGCGGGCUUUGGCACCAUGUCAGCGGUGGGAAUGCAACCGCUGAUGUGCUACUUGCACCCCAAUGGGCUCUAUAGCGUGUUGAACUUUCCCAGUGUGAUUUGCCGCAGUGGCGAACAUAUCACCAUGGCCGUCCUGGGCGUCGUGCUGCUGUCCUUCGCCUUGGCUUUCUUGGCCUCAUGUCUCGUGGCGAGCUGGAAGAUGCCGAGCUGGAGUUUGGGGAAUGGACAUGCGUUGGUGCAAAGCUUUCGCUUUCUGACCUCCAAGUUUCGCAUGAAUGCUUGGUGGUUUGGAGUUCUUCUCCCUUUGCGCAGCUUCCUCUUGAGCUUGGCCGUGGUCGUGGCCACGAACUUGCCUCCAGCACAAUCCGCCGCUGGGGCGAUUGUCCUCGCACUCUAUUCGCCCUUCCAAAUCCUCUUGUGGCCGUGGAAAGUGCCCUACAUUAACGCAGCAGACCUGUGGCUGAAUGCCAUGCUCCUUCUAUUGGUGAACAGCUCAGUUGUGGUCGAAGGCACUACUGCGGACGACUGGAAGGAGUUCGGCACCAUCUAUUCUGGGAUGAUCCUCUCAUUCAUUGCCUUGGGUGCCUGCUUCAUGAUCUUGCGCACCGCCGCGGCGCUCGUGCAGCGGCACCUGCUGAAAAACAGCGGCCAGGAAUGGAUCGACCCAGAAUGCAGAGCCAUCAGUGGGAAGGCAGCCAAGGCAUUGAAGCGCUGUGCGCAGGACCUGAUGGAGAUGGAAGUGGCCACUUUGGAGGGCGAAGUGAUGCGCAUGAAUGCUUCUGACUUGAAGAUCAUUACUUCGGCCAUCACCUUGAUUUCCAUGGAGAUUUGUCCAAGCAGUGAACAGCAGCUCUUCCAUACGCGCGUGGCCCUCCAAAGCUUCAAUCAACGGCUUACACGGGUGACCAAUGUCGAUCCGGGUAUUGUCCUAAAGAUGGCAGAGGACGAGGAUGAGGACGAACUUUCAGACCGAAACGUGGGCGCCACGUCUCCGGCACGCGACCAGAGCGACGAGGGCGAGGGCGACCAGGGCGAUCUGCAACGGCUCAGUUUGGUUCACAGCCAUGUCUGGUUCAUCCCCAUUCUGGCAGGUUCUACCCUCGAUUUCGAAGGUAGACCCAUCGAUCAGGUGGACACGUGCCAGGAUCAGAUUGGCUGCCAUUUUGUGCUCACUGCCGAGGGGCGCCGGAAUGUCUCGAAUGGGGCUGAGAGCUAUCCGCUCGGCCUCUAUGUGAUGGACUGGGCUGCGGGCUAUGCUACUUCGGCUGUGGCCCAAAUCCUCCUUGAGGAGAAGUUGGGAUAUGUGGUGCACCGGGGCAUUGGAAUUAGCACUCCAGAUGCCUUCUUCGCUUUGGCAGGGUGCUUGCAGCCGACGAACAGCACUGAUCGUGGUUGCGGCAGCGGGCCAACGAGCACCUAUUACCAUAUCAGCCUUGAGGGGUGGACCAUAGGAUAUUCGGAGCUCUGGACCGAGGUCCAACAGAACUUUCCGGACACGGCCCCCAGGCUGACGGGGACGAUGGGCUACAACGGAGAAACCUCCAUCUUCAUCCCAAAGACAGCAGUGGCGCGAGCCUACGAGGCAGAGGGGCGAUCCAUGGAUUUCUACCGGGACUUCAACGUCUCCUGGAACCGACCGUGGCAAUACUUUGGUUCAGCAUCAGAUGUGGACACGACGCGACUGAUGCGUUGUGAAGAUACCACCUUGGCAAGGGUCUCGAGCCUGAUGCGCGUCUAUGGUGAGUUGACAGGCGACUGGGACGGCCUGGUGAUGGAAGGCCCAGGCGAGUAUCGGGCCAAGUGCAUGGAUGACUACUUCUGGUACUCGCCGGCCUGUCGCGGCAACUCCUCCGAGUGCGUGCUGGUGCUGUCCGGUGGUACAGGUUGGUCUUUGGAAGAGUUUAUGCAAAAGGGAGCGGUGCACAACAUGCCUUUGGCGUUGUGUGUUGCCGCGAACUGGUCGGAGUACGCCAGCUUGCCCUCUGAUUAUACCAGCGCCUUCUAUUGGUGGACACCAGAUCCCACCUUCCUCAGGAUCGAUCCGAAGAAGAUGAUGUGGCCGCCUCACGACCGACGACAGGUGGCCCGAGGGGAUCGAACCUCGGCCAACGCCGACACGCCCAUCGAUAAAUACGUCAGCCAGGACUUGGGCGUCCUGGCGCCGGAUGCUGAAGAGCUGAUGCACGCCUAUUUGUUGGACAUCAGGGCUGUGAACGACAUGCUAGUGGACGGCCUGGAGGCCUCAGCUCCUGACUACCGCGAGAUCGCCUGUCGGUGGCUUCAAGCGAAUCGCGAGCUUUGGGAAUCAUGGAUUCCUGACAAGAGCAAGUGCUUCGCGCAGUUCGGUCUCUUCCAUGAACUGGACAAGCGGUUUGUCAAGACGCGUGCAGAUCCUACACACUUGACUUGCAGGGCUUGCCCUUCAGGUUUCUUCUCCAAGGAACUGGAAGACGGCUCUGGGGUGACCUUCAUUUGUGAAGAGUGCCCCAUCGGCAGCUCGCAAGCUUCUGGGGCUUCUUUGAGUUGCUUGCCUUGCGCAGCUGGGGAGUACCAGGAUACAACGGGCAGUUUAUCGUGCAAACGCUGUCCUUUCGCGACCUAUCAGGACGCCUAUGGCAGUAGCAACUGCAAAGACUGUCCAGCUGGAACCACCACCCUGGGCGUCGGCUCCUCCUCCUUGGAGGACUGUGGAUGCAAGUCUGGCAGCAUCAACCUGGCCGAGGCACCGAUGAUCUUCAAUUGCUCCAGGUGCGGAGAGGGCCUGGACUGUCCGACUUCCUCGAGCAUUGCAAACUUGCAAAGCGCCUCCUCUGCGGCAGGGGAGGACUUUGUGCCGCAGAUUGCUGCUGGCUACUUCGCGAGCGAGGAGGAGCCGAUGAAGGUCUACAAGUGCGCCCCAGCCAACUUCUGUCCUGGUGGUAGACCUGGCACCUGUACCGGCGGCCUGGAAGGCAUCCCCUGUGGGGUGUGCCCUAUGGCGAUGACCUGGAAGGAGACACGUUGUGAGGAAUGCGAUGGCGGCACCAUGACUGCGUGGUCUUUGGCUGCCGUCACCGGACUGGCAGGCUUGGCCAUUUCCUACCACGUCGUGAGCCUUGGACGCGACAGCCGCUCCGCGCAAACGCCCCACCGACCGCAGCAGGACCAGGUGCCGACCUGA